AUUAUCUUUUAACGAAACCCGAUUGUAAACAUUGGCUCUUCCACUUUGGGAAAUCUUUCGAUUUUAUCUUGGAGAGGCACCUUUCGGGGCAAUAUUUUCACAAUUCAAGAACAAGCAGAUGAAGUGAGUUAAAUAGAUGCAGAUUUAUGGUAAUUUAGCGUAUUACUGAAAGAGUCUUGACUGUCUAAUGUCGGUCUGACUGCGCCUUUAUUAUUUAUACGGUCACAAACCCGGAAUCCAGCGGACUAUACCGUUCAUUGAAGACAGUCAAUGGUACCUCCUGGACCUGCUGAUGAUUGAAGUCACCUGGAUCUCAAGCAGCUGUAACUGUGGCUGCAUUAAUCAUGUUAGAUGUGGAGGUUGUACCUGGUCGUUCCCUUGGCAGCGAGCAAUGGGAAUUUGUCCUGGGAAUGACUUUCACGCAAGCGGUGAAUAUUCUACGGAGACAGUACAGGAUCAUUAAAGAUGUCCAGGUCAUAUAUUGUGAAUCGGUUCCUCUCACGCUGGAUCUGGUGCUGAAUCUAACACAGGACGGGAUCAAACUGAUAUUUGAUUCCUUUAACCAGAGGCUUAAGAUAAUCGAGAUAUAUGAUCUUCACAAGAUCAAGCUAAAGUACUGUGGGAAGCACUUCAACUCUCCGCUCGUCUUGCCGACCAUCGAGCAGAUAGAUGGCUCCUUUGGUGCCACCAAGCCGGCCGUCUACGACGCAGCCCAGCAGCUCUUCACCAUCAACUUCAGGGGUCUGUCCUUUCUAUUCCCCAUCCCGGCUGAUGCCAAGUUUGAGCAACCGAGCGUGCAUGGUCUAGGCUCUAUACCGCUACCCAGCAAGACAUCGGUGCAAGUCAGCCGCAUCUACAUCUACGGUGGCAGCAAUCCUCAGGAAUCAAAAGCGCCACCCAUACCCAGCAGCUGCUUCUGUGGGAAUGUGUUCUGUGAGUACACAGAGACACUGGAGCAAGAUGGCGUUCCACUCGGUCUGAAAUUUCAUCUCUUGGUCGAUGCCUCAGGCCAGAGCAGAUCACCAGACGCCAAGCGGCAGGCUGUAGUGAGGACAGUGACAUUUGGAGACUCCUGUCAGGAUGUCAUGAGCAGUCUGGGAGCCCCAAACAAGAUCUUCUUCAAAUCAGAAGAUAAGAUGCGGAUUCAUUCUAGAUCAUUCCACAAGGAUCAACCCCGGACCUCGGACUACUUCUAUAACUACUUCACCAUUGGAGUCGACAUCUUAUUUGAUGCUUCUACUCACUGUGUCAAGAAGUUCAUCUUGCAUGCAAACUUUCCUGGUCACUACAACUUCAACAUCUAUCAUCGAUGUAACUUUGAGAUUCUCCUCCCCAACACGAGGUUCAACAGGGAAGACGAGCACAACGAGAGCCCUCUCUCCAUCACAACAUUCACCAAGUGGGACACACUGAACCAUCGACUAAUACGCUCCACUCAGAAACCAGUGGUUCUCAACAGAGCCUCAGCCAUGAAUACAACCAAUCCGUUUGGAUCAACGUUCUGCUACGGAGUACUCAACCUUAUAUUUGAGGUGAUGCCCAAUAACCAUCUAGCAUCAGUCACUAUGUAUGACCCAACAGUAGCUUCAAUGGAGACUUUGGACUGAGGGAGCCUUAGACCUGGUCUAUAUUAAA